GUUUCCAGAUUCAGUGGCCAAGAUGGCACAGUGGAACCAGCUGCAGCAGCUGGACACCCGGUAUUUGGAGCAGCUCCACCAGCUCUACAGCGACAGCUUUCCGAUGGAGCUGCGGCAGUUCCUUGCGCCCUGGAUAGAGAGCCAGGACUGGGCCUAUGCUGCCAGCAAGGAGUCCCACGCCACGUUGGUGUUCCACAACCUCCUGGGUGAAAUUGACCAGCAGUACAGCCGCUUCUUACAGGAAUCCAAUGUCCUCUACCAGCACAACCUGCGCCGGAUCAAGCAGUUCCUGCAGAGCAGGUAUCUGGAGAAGCCCAUGGAGAUUGCCCGCAUUGUGGCCCGCUGCCUCUGGGAGGAGAACAGGCUGUUGCAGACAGCAGCCACAGCAGCCCAGCAAGGUGGGCAGGCAAACCACCCUACGGCUGCUGUGGUGACGGAGAAGCAGCAGAUGCUGGAGCAACACUUGCAAGAUGUCAGGAAAAGGGUGCAGGACUUGGAGCAAAAGAUGAAAGUGGUGGAAAACCUCCAGGAUGACUUUGACUUCAACUACAAGACCUUGAAGAGUCAAGGCGACAUGCAGGACCUGAACGGGAACAACCAGUCGGUGACGCGGCAGAAGAUGCAGCAGCUGGAGCAGAUGCUGACAGCCCUGGAUCAGAUGCGGAGGGGGAUUGUGAGCGAGCUGGCUGGGCUCUUGUCGGCCAUGGAGUACGUGCAGAAGACGCUGGUUGACGACGAGUUGGCUGACUGGAAGAGGAGGCAGCAGAUCGCAUGCAUCGGUGGCCCACCCAACAUCUGCCUUGACCGCCUAGAGAACUGGAUCACGUCCCUUGCCGAGUCGCAGCUUCAGACCCGCCAGCAGAUCAAGAAGCUCGAGGAGCUCCAGCAGAAGGUCUCCUACAAGGGCGACCCCAUCGUUCAGCACCGGCCCUUGCUGGAGGAGCGCAUCGUGGAGCUAUUCAGGAACCUCAUGAAGAGUGCAUUUGUGGUGGAGCGACAGCCCUGUAUGCCAAUGCACCCGGAUCGCCCACUGGUUAUCAAAACUGGAGUACAGUUCACGACAAAAGUGCGGUUACUGGUUAAAUUUCCUGAGCUGAACUACCAGCUGAAAAUCAAAGUUUGCAUUGACAAGGAUUCCGGUGAAGUUGCUGCCCUCCGGGGGUCCCGGAAGUUUAACAUCCUGGGCACAAACACCAAAGUGAUGAAUAUGGAGGAGUCCAACAAUGGGAGCCUUUCUGCAGAGUUCAAGCACUUGACACUGCGGGAACAGAGGUGUGGUAAUGGCGGAAGAGCAAACUGCGACGCCUCCCUCAUCGUCACGGAAGAGCUCCAUCUCAUCACCUUUGAGACAGAAGUUUACCACCAAGGCCUGAAGAUUGACUUAGAGACCCAUUCCCUCCCUGUGGUGGUGAUCUCCAACAUUUGCCAGAUGCCCAACGCCUGGGCGUCCAUCUUGUGGUACAACAUGCUGACAAACAACCCCAAGAACGUCAACUUCUUCACCAAACCACCCAUUGGCACUUGGGACCAGGUGGCCGAAGUGCUCAGCUGGCAGUUCUCCUCCACCACCAAGCGAGGCCUCAGCAUAGAGCAGCUGACAACUCUGGCAGAGAAACUGCUUGGCCCUGGCGUCAAUUACUCCGGAUGUCAGAUAACAUGGGCAAAGUUCUGCAAGGAGAACAUGGCAGGCAAAGGAUUCUCUUUCUGGGUCUGGCUGGACAACAUCAUCGACCUGGUGAAGAAGUACAUCUUGGCCCUGUGGAACGAAGGGUACAUCAUGGGAUUCAUCAGCAAGGAGCGGGAGAGAGCGAUCCUGAGCACAAAGCCCCCCGGCACCUUCCUGUUGCGAUUCAGUGAGAGCAGCAAGGAGGGUGGGAUCACCUUCACCUGGGUGGAGAAGGACAUCAGCGGGAAGACACAAAUCCAGUCGGUGGAGCCGUACACCAAGCAACAGCUCAACAGCAUGUCGUUUGCUGAGAUUAUCAUGGGCUAUAAGAUCAUGGAUGCCACCAACAUCCUGGUCUCCCCCCUUGUCUACUUGUAUCCUGAUAUCCCCAAGGAGGAGGCUUUUGGAAAAUACUGCCGCCCUGAGAGCCAGGAGCAUCCCGAAGUCACUGACCCAGGUGCUGCUCCAUAUCUGAAGACCAAGUUCAUCUGUGUGACCCCAACCACUUGCAGUAGUACUAUUGAACUGCCUAUGUCACCCCGCACCCUCGAAUCUCUGAUCCAUUUUGGCAGUAAUGGUGAGGGAGCAGAGGGGAACGCCAGUGGCCAGUUUGAGUCCUUGCAAGUCUUCGACAUGGAGAUGGCCGCUGAGAGCGCCAACUCUCCCAUGUGAUUGGACUCCUCCUGGGCAGCUGAUCGGUUCUGCAUUUCCCUGGCACAAGAAACACCUUCUUCUUCUUCUUCUUGCAUUGUCGGAUGAGCCCAAUUGGCACUCAAUCUCUGCCUCAGCUGGAGACGUUUGAUUGUGGGUCCGUCUUGAGCCGCUUUCGAAUACACCAUCGCAGGCAGCUCCUUGCCUGAGCUUGCGUGACUGGAGGGAAAGCCCUGCUUAAUUUUAGAUGGGCUUUCCCUCCCAGAAGAAGAAAAAAAAAGUUCUCCCUCAUGUAUAAAAGCUACUUGUAUAAGGGGUGUUUCUGUUUGUCUUCGCUAGACCAAGUGCCUCUUCAUGUCCACAUAGCUGGCCUCCUGUACAUGUUUGCUGCAUGCCGCAAAAGGCUGCUUGUGCAGCUCACGCCAACUUCCAAGGUUUUUACCCAGUCUAUUCGACAAGCCGUGUUGUCAAGUGUAGGCAGGAGGGGAAGGAAGAAGAAAUUGUGGGGGUAUCAUUCUUAGAUAUUGGUGCAAUUUUUUUCUGUUUCAUUGCCCACAUUAAAGCUCCAUUUCCCUCCCUCCCACUGGCCCACCUCUGCUUUUUUUAAAAAAAAAAACUUGCCAAAUGAUGCGAAGGCGAACGUAGGCCUAGCACAGCAGCCCUUCAAGGUAAGAUACCUGUGUUCCCCAGGGCUAGAGAAAUGCCAGGGGCAUUGGACACCUGUGCACACUUUGCACUUGGUUGCCAGCUCCGGAAAUUUCUAUUUUUAAAAUAACUUUUCUUCCACCAGCUUUUGGCUAAUUCCAAUUUUACAGAUAGGGAACGAAGGUUGUUAGAAUUAUGUGCUCACCGUUAACGGAGCGAUCCAUGGUGGAAGUGGGGAAUUUGACCCAGGUCACCCAAAUUAUCACUCAGUUCCCUCCCUCCCUCUCUCUCUCUCUCUCUCUCUCUCUCUCUCUCUCUCUCUGUCUCUUCUUAGGCAGGGCUUCAGGUCAUUGGGGACUGCGGAGAGCUCUUCUCUUUGGUUCUUAAGCCCACAUGAGGCAACCAAGCUGAGUCAAGAGCUCAACUGCUAGAUUCACACUUGGAGAUUUGUUCACUCCGGUUAUCUUUCUUUUUUUUAAUUAUUAUUUAUUGCACUUUUAUCCUGCCCUUCCUUGAAGGAGCCCUGGGCAGCAUGCAAACCUCCGCCCCUUCCUUUCCCCUCAUCCUGUUAUCCUCUCAACAACCUUGCGGUGUAGGUUAGGGAUGAGAAGGAUUCCUCCUGUGAGGUAGAUUAGGCAGCAAUAGGCCUGAGCUUUCUGGCUAAGUCAGGCUUUGCACCUGGGUCUCCUGAUUCUAGCCACUGCACUCUCAUCUUAGCUGUUGUGUUAGGAGCAAAGAGGCAAAAAAAACCGUUCCUGCCAGCGUCUCUCCUCUCCUCUCCCACCCCAAACCGCGCUUUGUUUGGCUUGCCCAUUUCCUACGCUUUCCCGUUUUUUAAUACUCUCGGCUGUAAUAUUUUUUAUUACUAUCUUCCCAAUCAUUCUCUCCACCUUCUGGGGCUUAAGCCUGAGCUGUACCUGACGCUAGUCGGCUGUUGCUUGCCUGAGUUAACAAUUGACAGUCCAGCAUAGGAAAACUAGAACUCAGAUGCUGAUAAUCUAGUUGUAAAUCUCAGCUGUUGGGCUUGUGUGAGUUCAUAGAAUCGUAGCCUUGUAGAGAUGGGCGGGAACCCAAAGGAGUGAGGAAUCACAGCUACAGAUUCCUGCUUUGCAGGGGGUUUGGAUUAGGUGACCCUUAAGGUCCCUUUCAGCUCUGCAAUUGCCCAAUGGGCUCUCCCGGUGCCGAGAGAGAAUGAUGCAACAAGUAUUUUCCAGUAUUACUUAGAGGCGUUGUCUAAACAGGAGGCAUUUCAUGGUCAGAGCUGUCGGACUGAUCUCUUUCCCUACACCAGACUUCCUCAACCUGGAAUGCUGGCUGGGGCUCAUGGGAGUUGUAGUUCAGCAACCUUUGGAGGGAAAAGCAGACCCUUGCUGUUAAGAAGAGAACUUGCCUCCUUCAGAAAUGUCAAGCCUUAGAAAGUGUUCCAACUAGUGCAAAGCUGCCCUCAUUCCAAAAUAGCUUAUGUACCCCAAAUUCUUAGUACCAAGCUUCACCACCGCCAAAAAUUUCCUAUUUUUUCCCUCUAUAGCUAACUGCUCCCCAGAGCGUAAAUAUCUUAAUAGUAUGUUUUGUAUAUUUUAUUGCUGUAUCUACAGGCUUUAAACUUUCUCUUAAAUAAAUAAAUAAAUAAAUAAAUGUCCUUAACACCACAUUUCUCUGCUGGA